GCCAUUCUCAAGUAUAUUGAACAGUCAAGCAUUUGCAUAUUAGACAUAGUAUACACAGACUGACAACAGCAGACAAACAGACUGUAUUACUUGUAUUUGAAGAAACCAGAAUUUGGAAAUCAAUACACUUCUGAUGAAAAAUACAGUAGUUAUAAGCUUAUCAGCAAUAUGGAAUUCAUUAGCAUUUCUCCAAUUAGGUUCUGCUAGUUAUUAGAUUGGACGGUAGCCAAUGAAUGAACAUUCUUAGCUCAACAUUAUACACUAUCUUGAAGGCGUCAGUUUGGCUUAUUGAUUCGGAAUACAGGGUAUUUAACAUGGCGCACACAAUCCUGCAUUUGGUUCUACUUUUAAUAUAUGCCAAAUACAGUGAAUCUGUAUAUUUCUAUCAUACUGAUAUUUAUGAAGGACUAGAAGGACUUGAAAUUAAUGAUGUCGAAUGGAAUAAUGAUAAUGAGGACGUUACUGAUGACCGUCAGCCCAGCCUCUCAGCAAGAUAUUUUGAUGAGAUUACGAAUAAACAGCGAUUCAUGAAAGACAAUGAUCUAACGCUGAUAGCGACAUCUUAUGAUCCCAUUUCUAAAGAGGUCCUUUUGGUUUUGGGUGAACCCUGGUUUAAUAGAGAAGACCAACAUGGAUUUGUAUGGCUGGCUAAGAGUAAACUCUGUGGAAAAGAAAAUGAUGAUAUUGAAAUCCUGAUUCAUAAAAUGCCUAUGAAUGGGACAAUUCCAGGUGAAUACAAAGCUACCGUAUCUAUUGGUCAACCAACUUCGAAAGAUAACGCAAUUCGCUACCUCAAACAAUUUGCUUACUACAAUUCUACCAUCUAUUUUGCGUCCCGAACAUUUUUCUAUUAUGAGGACAGAUCAAAGAAGAUAAAGAUUGAAUUAAGAGUUAUAGAUCCAAGCUGUGAUGAUGGUACCAUGAGCAACAAUGAUUAUACUAUAUUAUCCUGUUCCAAAGUGCUUGGCAUGGUCAGAGAAGGAGUUCCAAGUCCCAUACCUGCAAAUAGGCAAGAAUUCUACGAUGAAAAUCCUUCAUUCAGUUAUAACUCGGGAGAGUUUGUAAUAGCCAAUCAAAACCUCAAACCAGAAAUUGACCCUGAAAAUGGAGAGAUAAUGUUCUUUUUACAAAUCUAUGAUGAUCCAUUGUCAAAAGAGAUUCAUCUCACGAAGAUUAACACCAAUGGACAUAGAGCUCUUUUGUCAGUGGCAAACCAGACUGAUGUAAUUCAAGAUUUUCAGGAGGUCGUUGCUUAUCAUAACGGUCAACUUUGUUGGUCCCAGGGCAACGAAAUAAGUUGUGGGAAACUUAUUGAGGGCAACACCCUGCUAAUAGAUGAAUGGAAACUUUUUGAAAUACCAGAUGACAUGGUUGAGAUGUGCAACAUCGACAUGAAUGGACUAACUGCGCUAAAUGCGAAUACUAGUGGAAUCGGGAGUAUUCUAGACAGGAUGUUGAUUUUGAAUAUGACUCACAAAUAUGCCGAUAUAGUGUUCAGUUGUUCAGCCCACCCCGAGUCAUUUCGUGAUGUUUACUAUCCUGUUAAUAGGUUACGCUUGGAUAAACUCUCAGGGAAACGGGAUAUUGUUCGUCUUGAAACCAAUAAAUUACACAAGAAUACAGCGUAUAGUAUAUCUGUUGAUUUUAUGGUAGAUGAAGCUGACCUGGCUACUUGUGGAAGUACAUCGGGGAACAUGUACACCAGCUGGGCAUUGUUGUGUAGUUUACUUGUCGCUUACUAUACAUGAAUGUAAACAAACUAACUUGAACUGAAUGAUAACAUGUGCCAAAUUUCUGCAUUGAUCAACAUGCCUAAUAUCUUGUUAGCAGUGGCAUAACCAGAAUUUUGAUAGCAGGUACACAAGGCCAAAGGCCGAGCAAAAACUAGGGAGGGGGGUCGGGAUUGAAAAGCAUUCAUACAUGUACUAACCCAUCCAGUCAGGAUCUGUUGAUUAAGAUUAUGUAUUUUGAUUGAAUUUGGGUUUGUACAUCCAUUCUUGCUUUCACAUAAAAUAUAUAUGAGUAACAUACCUUAAACCUUGUAAAAAUCAGAAAUAAAAAAGAAUUAAUAAUAAAUUCUAUUUUUUGUAAUUAAAGGGCCCCCAUUAAAUUACAUCCAGACAUUUUCAAAUCAAUGUCAGAUUGAAAUAAUCUCAGUGGAUACGUAAUUACAAUAAGUAGAGAGGUUGCGCUUGCACUGUUUUUGUAAUGUCAACAUAAAUGUAAAAAGCUAAAAAUUAAAAUCUUUUGUCCCUAUACACCAUGACACUGAUAUCUCAAACCCUUGUUGUAAAAUAUUUGGGUAAAUAGAUCAAUAUUAACUUUUCAAUGCAGCAAAAUUUAGUAUA